UUUUUACUCUCGUCCUACUAGAUAGUGUACUAGCGGUGCUCCUAGUUUCUAAUCGAAGUGGUAUAAUUUCCCCACAAAAAGUAGAUCAGAAUAAAAUGUGCUCUUUCUGGCUGACGACGUUCUUGCUGACGCUGCGUUCUCAACUGGAUGAGGUAAAUCGUUUUGCGGUUUCUCGUGGACCUGACCUAACUGUUGCCGUGGACUAUCAUGGCUUUUCUUUCGUGCAUAACUUAUUGGCGAUUACUACCUCGGCAGUGACAGACGUGUCAUCAACGCCUCUUUCGAGUCCAGAAACGCAAGAAUUUUCCCACGCCGGGAGAUCGCCACUAGAGUCGGGUGCCCUCAACGAGUUGCAUCAAGAAGCAGAAGUAGAUGGGACGCCAAGUGCGCAUGCUUCUGGAUCAUCAUCUUCCGAGCAGUACGAGGCUUCAGCACCUUCGCGAACAGCAGCUCCGAAGCUUCUUCUGCGUCGUGCCAAUGCCGCCGCGAAUAGUAUCGACGCGUCAUUCUCGACUGCCAACGCGCAACCAUUUUUCUACGACGACGUCGCUCUGCUGUUUAACGGUGAGAUAUACAAUUACCGGGAGCUAUUGCACGAGCACGGAUUAGCAAGUUUAUUCACCACACGAAAUUCUGGCACAUAUGAUGAAGAUGAACUGCAGGAUCCUCUCAACAACGCUCAAAAAAAGAAUGGUGCUCUCAACGAGGGAGAGACUUUGGUGCGUUUAUACCGAAGGCUCGGACCGCGAUUCAUCAGUUUUCUGGACGGCGAAUUCGCUCUGGC